AUGUAUCUCAGCUGCGAAGAUUCAUUAUGCACAAAAGCACUGCUGAUUCCGAUGCAUCUUGUUCCCUUACCGGAUUUGACUGGUUUUGUUUUUUGUAUUGGUGACGGCUUCGGUGUUGAACAAAAAUGUAUGGACGGUGUUCAAUACGAUCCAGUCAAGAAGGAAUGUAAUGUUGGCAAUACCAAUGUCACUCGCGAAAGCAGCCCAUGCUCAUCAUCACCAUGCAAAGGUGGAAAAUGUAUCAAUAUUUUUGCUGCCGCAACGUAUUAUUGUAUGUGUCAUAAUGACGCUUCUACUCGCAAUUGUGAACUUCCUUACUGUGAACGUUCUUACUCAAUGCAUCCGUGUGUAAGAGGACUCCCAUUUUCUGAAAUGCACAAAGUAUAUGAGGGCUGUCAAACGUUUGAAGAUAACUCUGCCCUAAAGUAUGUAUGUUUUUGCCGGAGGCCAGAAUCAGUUAAUGAAACUAUGGGACAGUUAUGGUAUGGCUCAAGUUGUACAGAAAAAAUAUUCGUGACUCCAUGUGCAACAGUAAAUAGUGAAGAAAAAUUUCCAUUGGGUUAUACUGAUAAAGGAUAUAUUAAAUGUUUGGCGAACAAAUUCUACUCAAUUGAAUCAUGCGCAGUCAAUUAUGUUUGGAAUUAUAAGACAAAGACUUGUGUAAAGGGAGAACAAGACAAAAAGGAUCAUGAUGAAUUGCUCAACCCGGCCGUGGACGCUUGA